AUAUUUACACUCCAGUAAUCUUUAGUUAUCUGUAAUGGAGUCAUCCUCUUUUAGUAAAGUUUCCUUUAAUGAUUUCAAAUGGCUCAAUGAACCGAAACAUUGGAAAGCUAACAAGGAAGUGCUUGAAUUUUCCACUGAUAAUAAAACUGACUUUUGGCAGAAAACCUUUUACGGUUUCGCUUUUACUACCGGACAUCUGUAUGCAGUAGAAAUAAAAGAUGACUUCACUUUAGAGGUUUGCGUCGAAGCAAAUUUCACAACUCUCUACGAUCAAGCGGGUCUCAUGAUCUACAUAGAUGAGCACCAUUGGUUGAAGGCUGGCAUUGAGUAUAACGACGGGCAGCCUAUGAUCGGCAGCGUUCUUACCAACGGAGUUUCAGACUGGGCUACUGGCAUAUUUCCUGGUAACCCCAACAAAUUCUACCUCCGCCUCACCCGCCUCCGCGACGCCGUGUGCGUCAAAUAUUCCAUAGACAACGAAACUUGGACUUUACUCAGGCUUUGUCCAUUUCCUGCAGCCAGCAAGUAUUUUGUUGGACCUAUUAUGGCUUGUACGCCGCAACGGGAAGGCUUGGAAGUUAAAUUUAGAAAUAUUAGUAUUAGUAAACCGGCGGAUGAUAUUUUACAUUCAAAUUAACGUAUUUAAUAAUGCCGUAAUCGGUUUUACUUGAGGGUCCAAGUCGAUAAGAGCAAGAGCUAAGCCAGAUUUGUACUAAUAUUUUCGCAAACAUUCGGGAAACCACUUCAAGGUUUGUUAUUGCGUUGCCGUUGCU